AACUUACAAUCCCUGAAGAAAACUAAAGAACAAAGAAAAAACCUCUCGACUCUUCCUCUCAAGAACAUAAAGAGAAUCAAAAGAAGAUUCAAGAAGAACCAAACAGAGAGUUUCAAGAUUCCUCUGCUUGAGAAUAAACCUGUUCCAAGUGCCAAAACGUAUAUUCAAGGUCAGAGAAUCUCUCUUCUCUUGAAUGGGUGUAUCAUUCUCCUGUCAGUUCGAGCAAGACGACGUGGAAGCCGCUCUAGACUCCGUCACGGUCAAGUCCAUAAGCUUCGGCGAUGACGACGAGUGCAAGACUCCAAAGAGAUCUGUAAAUUUCAGUGACGGGACUCUGGAGCCGACCAUCUUGAAAUCCAUGGGAUCUGGUGGUAAGAUGGUCGUUGAGAAGUCCGUUAGCUUCAAAGGGAUGCAGCUGGAGAGAAUGAUCUCGCUCAAGAGGUCUCUCUUGAAAGAAAAAGACAAUGCUGGGAUGAUCGCUAGAGAGCUCUCGGUUCUUGAUCCGAGGAACCCUAAACACGAAGCUGCUAUCAAGUUACAGAAAGUUUACAAAAGCUUCCGUACCAGGCGAAAGCUGGCUGAUUGUGCAGUACUUGUGGAACAAAGCUGGUGGAAGCUUUUGGAUUUUGCUGAGUUGAAGAGAAGUUCUAUAUCUUUCUUUGAUAUUGAGAAGCACGAGACCGCGAUUUCGAGGUGGUCGAGAGCUAGGACUAGAGCAGCUAAGGUUGGUAAAGGUUUGUCCAAGAAUGGAAAGGCACAAAAACUUGCUCUACAACACUGGCUUGAAGCGAUUGACCCGAGACAUCGGUAUGGACACAACUUGCACUUUUACUACAACAAGUGGCUUCAUUGUCAGAGUAGAGAACCAUUCUUCUACUGGCUUGAUAUUGGAGAAGGGAAAGAAGUAAACCUUGUGGAGAAAUGUCCUAGAUCAAAACUUCAGCAACAGUGCAUCAAGUACCUUGGUCCGAUGGAAAGGAAAGCUUAUGAGGUUGUUGUGGAAGACGGCAAGUUCUACUACAAGAACAGUGGUGAAAUGCUUCAGACUUCUUCUUUGGAAGAUAGUGAUUCCAAAUGGAUUUUCGUGCUCAGCACGUCGAAAGUGUUGUAUGUUGGGAAGAAGAAGAAGGGUACGUUUCAACAUUCAAGCUUCUUAGCUGGAGGAGCUACAGUUGCUGCAGGAAGAUUAGUGGUUGAGGAUGGUGUUCUCAAGGCUGUGUGGCCACAUAGUGGACAUUAUCAACCUACCGAAGAGAACUUCUUGGACUUCUUGUCUUUCCUUAGAGAGAAUGAUGUUGAUAUCACUGAUGUAAAGAUGAGUCCAACAGAUGAUGAUGAGUUCUCCAUGCACAAACAGAGAAGCACUCAUAUGAGAAACCAUUCUUUGGAAGAGGACUUGGAGGCUGAGAAGACUGUGAUGGCUGAUCCAAGAGAGGAAGAAACAACUCCAGUGAUGGAUAAUAUCGAAACACCGAAGAAGAUGGAGUCUUUGAGUAUAUUUGGGGACGAAACACAAUCCAAAGCAACUGAAGACUAUGAUUCAGGUGAUGAUGAUGAAGAGGAAGAGGAAGAGAUUUUUGAGUUAGAGCAAGAAUCAAUUCCUUCAGAGAAAACCUCACCAAAAAGAGGAGGAGAAGAGGAAACCAAAGAGAGUGACGAAGUAGUCAAUAUUCCAGAAGAAUCAAUCCUAAAAAGGAUAAAUUCAAAGAAGGAAAGUAAAUCUUUCCAACUUGGGAAACAACUAUCAUGCAAAUGGACAACGGGUGCAGGACCAAGGAUCGGUUGUGUAAGAGAUUACCCAUCAGAGCUUCAGUUUCAAGCACUGGAACAAGUCAACUUGUCUCCAAGAUGUGGUUCUAUUUCAAGACUUUGUUUCUCCUCAUCGUCUCAAACGCAAACGCCUCAGAUGUCACCGUUAUGGAAAUCAUUACCUGGAGAUAUCACAGAUUCAUAACUGAUGAUUUUAUUUUUUUAUUACACAAUAAGUUCUUUCGGUCCUAUCUAUUCUUUUUGUGUGAAUAGAGAAGAUGAUGACUUAGAAAUUCUUUUGUAUUAUUUUCUUCACCUUUUAGUGUAACAGAGCAGCAUUUCAUUUGUUUA